AUGCAAACUGCUAUGGGAGUCCCUGGACCUAAGGAGAACAUCAAGCCCUUGCGUGAGAAGUAUCCGAAGGUCCGUUUCUGGCGCAAGAACAUGUACAAGCAGCAAGACGGACAACCAGGCCAAAGCAACCCCAUGCGAGAAGAGACACCACGUCAGAAGUCCUAUAAGAAGCUCCGAUUCCUAGAAAACGACCAGGGUGUGCCAUACACUAUAGGGGAAAUUGCUGUGGUUUGCGAAACCAUGAAGCGCGCAUUUCUUGACCUUGACAGCUCUCACAAGGUUGCGCCGCCGGCAACAUGGCAGGGUCACGCUCUAGACUGCCAUUGCAAAGGAGUCUUUAGUGCACUGUACAAAGCUCAUCCUGAUAUUGAGUACUGCGCUGAUGACUGGAAGGCCAAUCAGAUCGCUAUCGAACGAUAUUCCCACUACCGCCAGCAUCAUCCGUGGCCUGCUGCAUGGCCAGCACCUGUCCGCCGCAUCAAGGAGGAGCCUCAGCAAAUUGUCAGCGAAAUCAAGGAUGAUCAUGCCGAUGGUGAUCCCAGCUGCAGCCCUGGCAAGCCCAAACUGGCAGCUGACGUCGAGAACAUGGACCCAGCGAUGGCUCCUUUGCCUGAUACCACACAGAAGAGAGCCGCUCCCACAAGUGCUGAAGAUUGA